AUAGAAGAAGAAGUAGCAUAAUUGUUAAAACAAAAAUCGAAUAAAACGCUUAAAGUUGUAAAGUGUAAACGCAGCAUAUUUUGUAAUUUAGAGCAACGUGUUGAAAAGAUGAUUGCUUAUGUUCAGACCUUGACAUUGUACAGCAAAAGUGUGACAAAUUAAAUUGCAUUUAAUACAUCAAAUUUAAGAAACCAAUCUCGACGCCAGUUUUUGCAUUUUCUCGGCUGCAAGAUGGAAACGGAAUCGCUUAAUCGCAAGAACUCAUCGCGCAAAAGUUCCAUUGUGAAUGGCAAUGGCGAUGCCACCACAAAGUUGACCCAGGAGGAUGACAACAACAGCGCUGGCGGCGCGGGUGGCGAGGAUGGCGGUGAGGUAACGCUAAAGGCCAAGAUGAGUUUAUUAAAUGGCUGCACCGUUAUUGUGGGCUCCAUCAUUGGCUCGGGCAUCUUCGUCUCGCCCACUGGCGUGCUUCGCUAUACAGGCAGCGUCAAUUUGGCGCUCAUCGUAUGGGUUAUUUCCGGACUCUUUUCUAUGGUAGGCGCUUACUGCUAUGCCGAGCUGGGCACCAUGAUAACCAAGUCUGGCGCGGAUUAUGCGUACAUAAUGGAAACUUUCGGGCCGUUUAUGGCUUUUAUACGCCUGUGGAUAGAGUGCAUGAUAGUGCGGCCGUGUUCGCAAGCUAUCGUAGCGCUGACAUUUAGCACCUAUGUGCUGAAACCAUUCUUUCCCGAAUGCAUGCCCCCCGAUGAUGCAUCGCGUCUGCUUGCCGUAUGCUGUAUAUUGGUGCUCACUUUAAUCAACUGCUGGGACGUUAAAUGGGCCACUGCUGUGCAGGAUAUUUUCACAUACGCCAAACUGCUGGCCCUGUUUAUCAUCAUUGCCACUGGCAUGUAUCAGCUCUAUAUGGGGAACGUGCAGUAUUUUACAUUCGAGAAUACGGACACGCGCGUCACAUCCUUGGCGUUGUCCUUCUACUCGGGCCUGUUUGCCUACAACGGCUGGAAUUACUUGAACUUUAUCAUCGAGGAGCUAAAGGAUCCGGUGAAGAAUCUGCCACGCGCCAUAGCCAUCAGCUGCACGCUGGUCACUGUCGUCUACGUCAUGGCCAAUGUCUCCUUCUACACCAUUCUCUCGCCGGAUGAAGUGAUGGGCUCGUCUGCUGUAGCAGUUACAUAUGCGGAGCGCGCCUUUGGCAUGUUCGCCUGGACUAUACCAGUAUUUGUGGCGUUGUCCACCUUCGGCGCUGUCAACGGCAUCUUGUUGACUUCGUCGCGUCUCUUCUAUGCGGGCGCCAAUGAGGGCCAAAUGCCCGAGAUACUGACAAUGAUACAGAUUCAACGCUUCACGCCCACGCCCGCUGUGCUGGCCAUGGCACUGCUCUCCUUGUUAUAUCUAACGGUGUCCGAUAUCUUUGCGCUCAUCAACUACGUUGGCUUUGCCACUUGGCUGAGCAUUGGAGUCGCCGUGCUUUGUUUGCCUUGGCUGCGUUGGGCUCAACCCAAUUUGCCACGCCCCAUACGCGUGCCCAUGGUAUUUCCUAUUGUUUAUCUCUUGGCUACAGUGUUUGUCACUGUUGUGCCCAUGUACGCCAGUCCUGUGGAGACAGGAUAUGGCAUACUUAUGAUCCUGUCCAGCAUACCCGUCUACUUGGUCUUCAUUGCCUGGAAGAACAAGCCCAUGUGGUUCCAAAAGUCCAUGGUAAGCCUCACGCAUUUCCUGCAAAAGCUGCUCAUGGUACUCGGCAAGCAAACGAAACCAGCUCAGGUGUAGAGAGCUUAGUGUCUGGUUCCUAGGCCGGAGGCUAAGCCGAAGUUAUGUAGAGUAUGGAAAGAGCGUCUGUUCGCCAAACGUAAAUUAUAGCAUUUAAUACAAAAUUUGCUUUUAUUUAAAAACAUAAAUUAUACGCAACUGCAAAAUAUUCCAAAACUUGACGGGUUUUAAACUUGAACGUUUGAUGUUUGAAACGCGCACAGCUUGCAAUAUAAAAUAACUACAAGUAUAUAUUUUGUAUAGUAUACAAGUUUAAGUUUAUGCCAAGCCCAGCGCGUUGUAUUAUGUUUAAACAAUAGAUUUAAGUAGCACUAGGCUGUGCACUCAAUCUAAGACUGUGAAUUGCAAGGAAAGUUACAAGGAAGCAGCCUAAUGUUACUUAAAGAUAUCGCUUAGUUUAUAACGAACAAAAAUAAGAAUUUUGGCUUUUAGCAGUUAUCUUAGCUUAGUAGUGUGACAUACUCGAAAAUGUUGAAAUUGAUUUAGUAACUUAAGUUGCAUUAAAUACAACGCAUCUCCAACUACAUUUGUUAACUUAUACUACAGUACAUGAAAAAUAAACACAUAUCCAAUAUGAUGAAUUGAAUUCAAAGCAUUGCCAAUGCCGAUAACACAUAUUAUUAUUACACAAACGAAUUGUUGUAGCAUUUAUUUAAAUUGUUUCAAUGUUGCUUUUUAAACUGAAGUUUAUAACGAAUAGCCUCAUACCUGCAUACAAACAUACGAUAUAUAUAUAUAUAUUAAUUAUGGCAUAUUUAGCAUUGCAUUAUGCAUGUAACUGUUACACAUUGUAAACUUAAAUAUAUAUGUACUAUUUGUUUAGCCUGAAGCCGCAGCUGUUUGUGCUGUUUAAACUACUAUGGAUUUACCUAUGAAACAUAACUAAUUGUUGACAAUAAUAUUGAAAGUGUAUU